AGUUGCCUAGUGACGAAAAAACUGUCCAGCACGGCUGAUUUCCUGCGUUUCCAAAAUCUCGUCGCUGGCGCUGACCUAGGGGGAAGUUUUUUCUCCCAGCAGAUUUGUUUGCGUCGCAUUCACAGCAGGAUGUGGGACUGAAUAGAGCCGUUACGCUUGACGGGAGCGGGUCCUGUAAACCUUUGGCGUUUCGGGCCUCGUAAUGAAGCGUUUUGAGGAAUGAUGAAUAAUUACACUUUCAUCAGGGUCGUUGGGAAAGGGAGCUAUGGGGAGGUGAACUUGGUGAAACACAAAACAGACCGUAAACAGUAUGUUAUAAAGAGAUUGAAUUUGACCACCUCCUCCAAACGUGAACGACGUGCUGCGGAGCAGGAGGCGCAGCUGCUGUCUCAACUGCGCCAUCCCAACAUUGUGACUUACAAGGAGUCCUGGGAAGGAGAUGACUGCCAGCUGUACAUUGUGAUGGGUUUCUGUGAAGGUGGAGACCUCUAUCACAGGCUUAAACAACAAAAAGGAGAGCUGUUACCCGAGAGGCAGGUGGUGGAGUGGUUUGUCCAGAUAGCCAUGGCAUUGCAGUACCUACAUGAGAGGAACAUUCUUCAUCGGGACCUUAAAACGCAGAAUAUCUUCCUGACGAAAACCAACAUCAUUAAAGUGGGGGACCUUGGCAUUGCCCGAGUACUGGAGAACCAGAAUGAUAUGGCCAGCACACUCAUAGGAACCCCAUACUACAUGAGUCCUGAACUCUUCUCUAAUAAACCUUAUAACCACAAGUCAGAUGUCUGGGCCCUGGGCUGCUGUGUAUAUGAGAUGUCUACACUGAAACACGCCUUCAAUGCCAAGGACAUGAACUCACUGGUGUAUCGUAUUGUAGAGGGAAAGCUUCCACAGAUGCCCAGUAAGUAUGAGCCCCAGCUUGGAGAUUUAAUCAAAAGCAUGCUGUCUAAGAGACCUGAAGACAGGCCCGAUGUCAAACUCAUUCUCCGGCAGCCCUACAUAAAACGACAAAUUGCCAUGUUCCUUGAGGCAACAAAAGAAAAAACUGCCAAGUCACGAAAAAGACCUGUUGGUGGCAGUAGUGAUUGUAGGACCAGCAGUGUGUCACCUGUGAUGUCAUGUCAGCCAAAGCCUGAGAGGCUGGCUCCCAGUCCACAACCUGACCCUCGUGCCAGGGUAAAGCGGAAAGACGACAAAUCACAACACUUUAAAGGCCGGAACGGUGUGGUAGACAGCACUCCCAUCCAGACGCCUCCGCCAUUCAAACCCUCUUCACCUGAUGCUCUCAGAGCAUCCCUGCUUACUGUUAGCAACAUUGAUAUUGAUAUCCCAGUGCAGCAGGACAAUGACCUGAUACAGAGACAGGUGCAGAAGCCCCAGCCUGUCGUGUCACAUCACUGGGCAGCUAAUGAACCUCUCACGCAUAAUGUGAGCAAAGAGAGCAAGGUGAGAGGGAAACCAGAUCCCUCUCCCGCUCCUUCGCCACUAAAGCCCCCUCUGAAGUCUGUAUCACGUGUUUGCAGCACGAGAGAAGACGAAGGGAGGGUGGCCAGUGACUUGUCUGACUUUCAGCGGCAGGCCAAAUCAAACCCUGCGGACAAGUUAUCUAUCUCGGGGGAGAAAAAGAUUUCAGAUAUGGACGAUAAGGAUGACACCAUGGAGUUACUUAAAAAAGCUGAUCCACGGGACCCAAAUCUAGAAAACGAGGUUCUAGAAGCAGAUGCAGACAAUAAGAACAACACUGUGACUCUUUUCAAGCAUGCUCCAGCACACCUACCUACCUCAGACAUCCAAGAAAGCCUAGAAUCUACUGAAAAGCUGUUAGAGCCACUCCCUCCACCACUGGAACCCGUUAAGGAAGAAUCUCCCUUACAAGCCAGUAAGCCAGAUCGAGCUGCUACAUGUCUAACUCCUCUGUACCUAUCAUCAGAACCAUCUAUAUCACAGCAGCACAGAGGAAAGCACACAAGACAGAAACAUGAGGACCAGGACAAGUUGUUGCAUCUUGUUUUGUCCUUUCAGUCCAAGGUGGCCGCUCUUAGACCUUUACCUCAGCUUCCUGUUGAUACUGUAGCAGUGGAGGGGAAAAAGAGGAGCAGGAGGAACUCUGAGACCAAGAAAGCUGAUGUGACUGUGACCUCAGAAUCAGUUAGCUCCCAUAAUGAUGGACUUUUACCAGCACCACAGGAUCGUCCCCUCUCUGCAAGAGAGAGAAGAAGACUGAGGCAAUCCCAAGAGAGUGCCAGACAACCAUGUGUUAGUGCUGUACGGAGGGCAUCUUAUGAUGUCACGUCCACCAAGGCUGAGCACGACAGUGCCCCAUUUACUCGAUCUGUGUCUGCCUCUUUUGCAGAGUCCAAUAGUAAGCAGGAUAAGCUGCUGGAGCAAAAGUCAGAUGAAGAUGAAUGCAGCUCAUCCACAAGUUCCACAGAGCGUUCAGAAGGAGACUGCAGGGAAAGAAAGACUGAAUCCAGCGACAUGCACGACUUAGUUAAUAUGAUGACUCAGACUUUGAGAAUGGAUGUUGGAGAUGGUGUAAGCGAGGACAGAGGCAGAUUUGGCUCUACCGCACUGCCAGAGUUUAAACUGAACAGGAAGUACAGGGAUACCCUGUUGCUUCAUGGGAAGGCUCGAGAGGAAGCGGAGAACUUGUCACUCGGUCAAAUAGAAGGCUCUACAUCUGGUCCGGCCAAAAUAAGAAGAGCCAUAGAACGUCUGAGAACAGAUGUGGUGAAGGGCCUGGGGGUCAAGCUGUUGGACAAAGUGCUGGAAGUGAUGGAGGAGGAGGAUGAUGCUAAAAGAGAACUGUGCCUUCGCAACCUGAUGGGAGAUGAGAAGUACCAAGCCUAUGCUGUGAUGGUGGAGCCACAAAUCUUAAAUGAUGACGCACAUCAAGAUGGUCUUUGCAAGAAAUACACCAGCAUUCAUGUUCAAACAUGGACUGAAUUGAAAACUGCUCAAAGGCAUUUUUUUCCUGCCACUACCAACAUGAUUGUUUGGGACUGUUACAUUUUUUUUCCGGACAACAUGUAAGAUCUCACUUCUGACUGCAGGUUUUGUCAUGGGACUGUCAUACAGAUAUAAUCUUAUUGUGUAAAUCACAUGUAAAUUAAGUUAAUUUUUUUCUCUUUUUUUUUAAACUUAAUUUCAGUAUAAACACAAAAUGUGAAAGCAUCUAAGGAUUUUCCAGAUUCCUAUGCAAAUAUUUCUGUCAUGUUUAAGCACGCUCUGUCUUUCCAUUUGCUGUAGAGGAAUAUCACCUUAUUUAUAAUGCAAGCCAGAAUUUCUAGAAUGGUUUCAUCUGUUGAGGACACUAAAUCUUCCCCCUACUGCUCAAUUGUAUUUUAUAUUAUAGCCAAAAUAAUGUAAAUUAGAUGUAGAUAUUAACAUGUGAACAAUUUCUAAUAAAUUCUUAAUGUAU